AUGUACGAACACUUGUAUACGGUCAUUUCUCUGAUCGAGUACUCUCUCUUCUUCGUGAAUUGGGUACCGGGAACCAGUAUUUCGAUGAAGGUCCGAACAGAGAAGUAUAAUCUAGAUCCGAACGGGUCAAAGGACUACCUCCUAGUCGGGUCAACCCGAUUACCCGGAUUGUAUCUCUUCUUCUUCCUCAGCUACUUAGCUUUCCUCGGUCUCUGGGGCUAUGUCUGCGUGGUCAAUAAAGGGGUCGUUCAUAGGAUCCACGUUCUCAUGGCGGCUCUCCUCCUAAUGAAGGCCCUGAAUUUGAUCUGCGCCGCAGAGGACAAGCACUACGUGAAAGUCACCGGAACUCCUCACGGCUGGGACGUCCUAUUCUACAUUUUCCAGUUUAUCCGCGUCGUCCUUCUCUUCACGGUGAUUGUGUUGAUCGGAACUGGCUGGUCCUUCCUGAAGCCGUUCUUGCAGGAGAAAGAGAAGAACGUGUUGAUGGUCGUCGUCCCGCUUCAGAUAUUAUAUGUUGCUGCGCAAUCUUGUUCCCAAUUGUUUGGUCGAUACGUGCACUGA